AUGGCUGUCUCAUCGCCGUCCAUGACAAUCUUGUCCUGCGUGGUCUGUGCGUUACUAGCGGGUUAUGUAUUGGCGUUGGUGGCAAUCAACAGCAUCCCCCACAUUUCCGUGAGGUCGUUAGGAUGGAUGCGAUUGAAAAAUGUCACCAUCUCACUCAAAUCGAUGAAAAUCUCCAUUGGGGGUGUUCACUUGCGGCUCAAUAUUGCGUCCUGGUCGUCGGAUGCUCCGUUCCGUAUGUUCAACUUGAUGUUCAGCAAUGUGGAGAUUAAGUCGUUGGAGUCUGGAGAUUCUCCACAAACGCCUUCACCAUCCAUGUGCCAGGAAUUACCUUCCGUCAUAUCAUUUCCAAUACCUCACAAAGUCUAUAAUGUCCUUUUCAUUCGGAAAUGGGUCAACGAAUUGGCUAUCCAUUGCCAGCACCUCUCAUUCUCCCACCAUGAAUUGCACAAGGAUGUCUCCUUCCAUAUUGACUAUUUCCGUUUGGAAGGUUUACGCUCUCGCGACUUGGGAACACACCGGUUUGCUAUCUCUGCCAUUGAUGGAUAUGUAAUUGAUCAUUCUCCAGGUGCAACUUCUGACCAGGUUAGAGUCCUCCAUAACUUGGAAGUGGGUAUGUCCUACGCAGUGCUGUUCAUAUGUCCAAUGGAGAAAAGUGACCACAUAAUUGCUCAAAUCACCGAAAUCGGGUUCUCCUUCUCUGUGGGUGAGCUCUACGUCCCAAAAAUUCCGCACUUACUAGAUAGUGCCAAUAGAAAGAGGAAACCAAAACAACAUCGGGAAAUCCACUUGCCUUCCAUGAGAAGAGUUCUAGCACUUCUCAACCUUCUCACAUCAGUUCAAAUAAAAAUCGAGCAGAGUGUCAUUGAUUAUAAAGAGUUAAGGUUUGAAUGGUCGUCUUUUGCUGUUGACAUUGUGAAAGAUACGUCGUUCAAAAAACAAGUGGUGGGUAAAGUAUCAUCCUACCUCACAGCAGGUCGUAUGUUUCACUUGGACCUGAAAUGUGUGGAAGUGCCUUCUCUCACAUACUUAUUUGAGACAGAUAUUACUGAUAUGUAUCGAGCAUACAACGCUGGCGAUGACCAGUACUUUAUUGACAUUUCCGUGAGUUUGAACGUUACCAACCCGUUAUUCAACAUCUACUUUGACCAGCUCUCGUAUCUUUUGGGCUCUGUUGCCCGAUCAAAGACGUCUAAGAAGGCGGUUUCUACUCGAGCACCUAAAAUUUCAAAAGAGAAGUUGCUUCCCUUGUUAAAUUUUUUCAAGAAAUUCCGGAAAGCUUCUGCUAAGGCAGUAAUUGUGGAUACCAAAGCCACAUUUCUCCUUCCAGAUAUUGAUAAGUAUGAGUUUCACAGGGAUUCCUUGGAUAAUGUGAUCACCAAUGCUGGCAUUGGAAUGAUCGCAAUCAAAUCGUCCACCAAGAACCUCAGUAAUCUCAUUGGAAGAAAAUGCUUAGGUGGGAAUACUCCUUUGACUAUUAAAUGCCAUCUCAAGAUGAAAAAUAUCCAAAUUGAUGUUGGAGAAAACGAGACAAGAGCAUCAAACUUCAAUGCAAUUGUGGGCUACUGUGUUGAUACUAAUAACAUAGCGUUGAAGAUCACAUCAAAAAGUCUCAGAAUUCGCUCAGUCAAUACUAUGCUCUUCCAUGUGAUUCGAAGAUUGCAAGAAGAUCGCAUAGAACACUUGAACAGAGCCUGCGCAAACAUAGACUUUGACUGUCAAAGCCCUAGCUUAGUAUCUGAGGGUCUUGACAAGUCGACAUUAGAGGCUACAUUCGUUGACAUAUUUGAGCUUCUCCCACCUAUUGUCCAUUCCGUCAGAUUCCAGGCAUCCCUUUUUCAGUUGAUUAUCAUUUGUAACGACGCUUUACCUUCUCACAUCUUGUCGGACAAAACAAUGGAUAAGGAGAUUGAUUUAGCGAGCUUUAGAAGGGGUACAUCGCUUACAUUGAGCGAAAUGUUGGUGGACUACAAGAAAAUUGACGAAGUUUUCAAAUUGUCUGUUUCACAAGCUCAAGUUAAUACCAUGAGUGACUUAGCGAGUGAAUACACCGAAGAUUUCGACCAAAUGACAACAAGUAAGAUUGGAGAAUUUGAUUUUGACGACGUGUCAUCUCUUGACACAGAGGGCGAGUGUUUCAACGAUACAGGAGAUGAUUCACUCAGGAAGGUUAAGAGGGCACUUCUCAUCAAUAAUCUCGUGAUUGAGAAUCCAAAGGGUAUGAGGAGUAAAUUGAAACUUCAUAUACCUGAAGUCGAUGGUCGCAUUGAUAUUUUCUUGGUUUGGUGUGUGAUGUACGCUCGUACAUUGGUUAAAAUGAUUUCUCCAAAGGUCCAGAAGCUGUAUUCGAUGGAGCAGUUUCGUCAGCUUCGACCAACAGAGAGAAAAAUAAAUCUAGAAGUUCAAGUUGAUUCUAUCGCAGUUGUGGCAAGAGUUGUGAAUAAUGUCGACUUGUUGUUUGAGGUGGAUCUGUUGAUUCUCGAAAACGUACUCACGAAACCUCUUUGUCAGAUCAAAUAUUGCCGUCUCUUUGUUGUACAUCCAACUACAAAGUUUUGGACAAGAUUAAUAUCUAUUGCUGAAACUUUUGUGGAUUUGAGCGAUCUUUCAUCCAAGACGUUCACUUUGAACUCUACCAGUGUUCGUUUCAACAUUCCAUUCCAGUUUUUGGUCUACACUGUUAUCGACAAUGUGAUCACGUUUGUUAAGGCAAUCAAACAAGUUCAACAGAAUUUUCAACACCUCUACGAGAACAACUAUGAUUUUUCUUCCAUUCCACAGCAUGUUGUACCAGCUGUUAAGAUGCCACGUGUGAGAUGGAAAGCAAAUACCUUUGGCUUAACAUUGGAAAACGAUCCAUUUGAGGCUGAAUUGGGUAUGAUAUUUGAGCUUGGACUCGUUGAGCAAAUCGAAAGAAUUCGAAAAGAAGCCCACUUUGCAGAGAAAGCGGAGAAAAUCCGUAAGGAAGCAAAAGAUGCUUUGACUAAGAAAUCAGUAGCAGCCAGAAGGUUCAUGAAAGCUCAUGAAGAAAAGAAGUCUGGUUCCAAGUUGAAAUUCACUGAAAUUGGUCCAAAUAUCCACGAAACUAUUAAGCUGCUGAUCAUGAAAACUAGUGUAUCAAAGAACUCGAAAACUCUGGAGUCUGAACACCAUAAGCAUAAUGGAUCAUCACGAACCAAACAAGGCACCGAUAAUGAGGCUGAUGGAACAUUUCUGGUCGAUACUCCUUUUACGACGGAGGAUAAGGCCAAUGCCCUUAUAUCUGAAGCCAGAGAGGCUCUCGAUAAGGAUUUUGCAACCUCUUGGAUUCUUAAGUACAGAAGAUUCAAGGAAUCCCAUUUUAAAACCAGCGAGAAAAGAGCACGCAAUCUCUGGGGCGACGACGAGAUAAACUCGCUUAUCAAAGACAAGCAUGAAAUUCAAGGAUAUGCUCCAGGUGUGCCACAGUUUGCCGGAUUCUUCAAAGGCUUUGACCUUACAGUUGAUAAUCCAAGGAUUCCAGAUCUUGAUGAAUUUUUGUACAAGUACGGAAAAGGCCAACCAAGGCUUGAUUACUCCAUUCUUAUUCCAUUAUUUUUCCAUCUUCGAUGCAAUUUUGUCUAUUUCAGCAUUAAGGACUAUCCCCUUCCGCUUUUGUCAUUCCCGGAAAAUAGCAGAGAAGAUAUUCCCGUCAUGGAUUUCCGUGGAAAUAUCGUCAUUAAUGAGAAACUAGUCCAUAUGAAAGAAGAAUUAAGGCAUAUUUUUGUGCCUUUUUCUCCUGCGAUUGUGGAUUCAAAUCUUGAUGACAGUUUCUAUUCUGCUCACAUUAUUAGAACUUUAACACCUAUCAAGUUCAUGUUUGACCUCACCUGUGAUCUUAGAACUGACAGAGCGUGCGUUUUCAGUUGGAGCAAGUCCUACCUGCCUGCAAUCUCCAGCAUUAUGUCGUCGUUUGACAAUUUCACAAAACCUGAAAUUGAUGAUAGUCCACUAGGUUGGUGGGAUAAAAUUGCGUUGAUCGCUCAUGGAAAGAUCGCUUUCAAUAUUGAAAAUGAGCUUUGUUUCCAUAUGAAGAGCUCUAAUUCUCCCUACAGGCUUAUUGGAGAUAAUUCCGGAUUCGUAUUUUGUUGGAAGAAUAAUGUUUCGUUGAGAAUUAACGAUACUGGAGAGCACUCUGAGAUCGUCAUUCUUGAAAGUGACGAUUUUAUUUUGGGUAUUCCUAACUAUUCUACGGCAGAGAACCGAAGCUGGAGUUUACGUUACGAUGAGCUUCAUGAUUACGUUCACGAUACCGAGUCAGAGAGUCGAAAGUUCCUGAAGCGGGUGAUGAAACUUUCUUCUGAUGAGAAAGUUCAAUGGAAACUUGGGUUUUUAUUUGAGCAGAAUGUGGAUCGACAAACUACUGAAUUGAGCAGCAACCAGGAACGUACAAACAAGUUCAAGCCUCAUUAUGAUGUGCGUGUUACUAGCCCAGCAUAUGAAUGGCAUCCUGAUUCUUAUGAAGAUUAUAGGUCUGAUUAUAUUCACCUAGCCAUAUCGGUGAAAUCCACAUCUUCCAAAGGAAAUUCACACAAUGCCGCUUAUCUAACCCCGUUAACUAUCCAAUACUUCUUUACUUGGUGGAAUACAAUCUCACAUAUUAUUUCUUUACCUGUGAGAGAUGGCCCUUUGUUUGUUAGAGAGAUGAAAACUCAUUCGCUGGUCAAGAUGGGACCACAUUUGUUCACAUUCAAAUAUCAAUUAGAGCUUGAACCUCUCACUAUCUCUCAUGUUUUCCUUGCACAUGCAACACUCAACAGGAGACAAAAUGUUAUUGCAACCGGAUUGAAAGGAAAGUUUUCCAGGUGUGUCAUUGAUCUCCAUCAGCGUAAGGAGUUUGUCAGAUAUGUCAAUGAGAAAUUGGGCAUUGAUAAAAAGGUGAGGAAGUUAAAGUUGAAUUUAGGAGAAAUUGACCUCACCGAUGCUGAUAUUCGAAUUAUGCAUGCUUCAUUCUCUGACCUUUCGUUGAGAGCACAGCUCUUAUCUGAUUAUACUUCAGAUUCGGGUGAACUUAUAGGAAAUGAAUCCGGUGAAUCUUCCGAGAUGAGCAGCAGUGGCAUUAACAACACUGAUUGGAUCAGAAAUAUUUCGAUCUCUGGAGGAGAUUUCCUGUGGUUAGAUCCGGAAGACUUUGUGGAGUUAGAAGAACGACAGAUUCUAUCCGCUGAUCCUAAAGUGAAGAUUCACCCCUUCUUCUUUACUCCCAAAUUUACUUUCUUUAGAGAGUUUACCUUGGAGGUUCCUGAAGGAGCUUUUCCGUUUGGCAAUGAAAGAUCCCAUAACUGUUUAAUUGGAGCCCAAUCCCCAGAAAAAGUUCAAGAGAUGAUAUUGGAAAAGAGGUCUGACAGUAUUCGGAAAGAAUUGGAAGAGAAUAUCACUGCAGUGCGUCAACUCGAGAAGAUUAAUGAUCCUGUUUUUAUGAAUGACUAUGAGAGGAUCAAAACUGAAAUUGUUCAGAAUGAAGAGCGAUUGGAAAAGGUUAAUAUGAUCUAUGAAGGCGUGAGAAAUACUUCGAGACCAGCAAGUUUGAACGAGGUAUUCCUCACUCCAAAUGGAGCCAGCCCAAAUGGAGCAAUUGGGGCGCACUCGGAAUGUUCUUCCCAGUCUUCGAUAAAUAGAGUUGCAUCGAGGCAACCAACUAUCUAUUCAACCAUUAUGGAAGAUGCUCGUGAGGUGACAAGUGUGAACACUUCAGUUUCGGCUUAUCAUAACCGAUUCUUGCUUCAUAACUUACAGUUGAAGUGGAAUAACAAAAUCAGAGACAUGUUCAUUGAGUACCUCCUGCUUGCUGGAGAAAGCAAGUCUAGUAGAUUUGCCAUGACAAGAAAAGCAAUGGAUUUGGUGGAGAGUCUAUUGAAGAAUGCACUUCUGGAGUCGGACGUCCAAUCUGAUCGCAGCUCUACGGGUAGGCUAUUAGAUGAUGACGUUCCUAAAGUUUACGCCAGCGAGGGUGAUCUCAAUAAGGCUUUCGAUGAAUAUCUUGACAAUAUUGAAGGUGAUGACGAGGAGAUCGAAUACAAGUUUCUCAUCAAGUUAAUUAGACCUCAGGUCCAAAUGAUUAGUGACGCAAAUCUAACAUCUUGUAUUCUUGAGACGUCUCAGCAAAUCGAAAUGAGAAUUAUUUGCGUCAAUGUGGCAGGAACAAAUGAUAUUAUUAGUGAGGGCUCUGAAGAAAUGUCACUCAUCGAGACACGGUAUGGUGUUCUUUUCCAAGACUCUCACUUUUUUGCGUUUAACAAAGAUAAAUUCCCUGAUCAAUCUACAGAUCCAUAUGGUUUAGCUGGCACAAAAAAGACUUGGCCACCAUGGGUUGACUUGGAAGUUUGCGAUGAUAGUUCGUGGCUUGAGGAUGAUUUGAUUGUGGAGAGGACAAGCAUGUCGCUAACACAUAAGAAGCCAAACACUUUGUUUGCAGAGAAUCGGUCAAGAGCUAAUGAACUCCAUGUAAACUUGGCAAAGCUUGUUUUCAACGCAACUUCCUCGCAGUACUCAGCGUUAUACUUCAUAGUAACGGAUUUGUUGGUCCAUUCUAAGCCUGCUAGAGAUGCAUUCCACCAGAGACUCGAUCAAAUCUUGGCUGUUACAGAUAUUUCAGAUUACUUGGGUAUUUCUGAGAAGGUUCAACAGCUUCAAGUAAAUAUUCGGAUUUGCAGAAAUAUUCUACUUAGGAUGGAUCAGCAAAGGUUGUUGUUAUCAGACCAGGAGCUACGCGAAAGAGCUCAUGUUGAAACAGAACUAGAGAAAAUGAAGCUUGAUUUGGAUUUGAUCAUUACGGGACUGAAAACGUUGGGUUCGAAAAUGUCCAGAUCACAUAAAGUCACUCAAAACUGGCAUAUACGAGCAGAUCAGGUUAUUUGGCAUUUCCUUGAAGAUAAUAGGGAACCCUUAAUUGACUUGGCAUUAGCAACUUCAAAUUUCACUCGAAUCGAUCAUAAUGAUGGUUCAAACAGCAAUACUGUGGAAAUCUCGAUGGCACAAGGAUUUAACUUAAGCCCUAAGGCCGUUUAUCCAGAACUUCUACGUCCGUACCUUGAGAUCGUCAAUAGCAAGAAGGAUAGUUCUUUGUGCAAAAAGAAUGAGCCAAUAAUCAGAAUGGAUUGGAAAAUGCUCAAUCCAGUCGGAGGAAUCCGUGUCAUGAGCAACUCAGAGCUACUGAUUCAGCCAUUGAAUAUUCAGCUCGAUUAUGAGACAGCUACAAAGAUGUUUAGUUACAUUUUCCCUAAGGAUGAGAAGUUGCCCGCAAAAGACAAAAGUUCUCCUCUGGCUGAUGAAUCUGAUGCACUGGAUAAUGUAAGUAUGGAUUCUCAGAGGUCCUCGGAAACGUCUUCCAAUCCAUUUAGGAAGUUUAUUGCAAAGAGAAGGAGACCACAUAGUCCAGCCUCCACCACUUCAAGGACUUCCAGUGCAACAAGUGGUGUCAAGCGUGAUGAAGUUUUCGAUGUUUCUUCAACUGAGUCAUCUACAGCAAGUUACAACACGUCAGUAACAGACCUGAAGGACCUGAAGCAUCUGGCAGAUUCGAAGAAACCUGCAGAACAGAAAGCACCUUGUAAUCCUAUCAAAAGGAGAAGAGCUAAAAAAUUGGAGAAUAAUAUAGAUGAUGUGGCACUCAUCAUGAACAGAUCGUCCAAGUACAUUGUCAUUGGUGAUGUGCUAGUCAACAAGGUCAAACUUUUGAUUAGUUUUCUGGCACCCAAACAUUUGAACAUCAUUGAUGUGCAUAAACUCCAACUUUCGUUGCCAAGACUUCACUACAAGAACAAGACAUGGACUGGAGAAGACUUUGCCAACCAGGUGAAGAAAGAUAUCAUUAAAAUGGUUUUAAGUCAUUCAGCAAAGGUGAUUGGCAACAAGUUCAAACACAGACACAGAAAAGUUGCUGCUACACCUUUGAACCAGAUUUCCGAUUAUUCGCUGUACAUGACGUUGGAUGACUUGCAAGUGGACGGACGUGCCAGAGAAGAGAAGCAUGUGUCGUUGAGGCUUGGGGCUAAUGAUGCGCCUCGAAUUCUGAUUCCCUCGAUCAAGAAACCUGGAGAAAAACGGAAAGCUGUACAUCGAAACAUGGUGGACUUGAGCGAGGUUUUCGAGGAACUAUCAGAAGAUUCUCUGAACGAAGAAAAGGAAACAAGUCCUGAGAGGGAUCAUGGUUUGAAGAAACAAGAUGAACAAGAUUGA